UUAUUAUUGUUUUAUUUCGUUCCAGAGGUCUGAUGGUGUUUUGUGUUCAGAGAGAACAAAGUUAAUUUCAAAUUUCAAAUAACUUUUUUAAAACGAUAUAGGCCUAGUAUAAACUCUAUACUUCCAUUAAAACUAAAGACAGUGAAAAUUUACCGUCAAUAUGCAUGCAUUCUUGAAAACUGGAAAAAUAACCGAUUCUCCCUCAAAAGCAGUUGGCAGUGGUGAAGGUCUUUCGGAAAAGCGCACUAAAGCACAUUCUGUCCCCUGGGUGGAAAAAUACCGACCUAAAAGUGUUGACGAUGUUGUUGAACAAGCCGAGGUGGUGGCUGUGCUUCGAGAAAGUUUAUCAACAGCUGACCUGCCAAAUUUGUUGCUCUACGGACCACCAGGAACCGGUAAAACCAGUACCAUACUGGCAGCAGCUCGGCAACUUUUCGGUGACAUGUUCAAGGAGCGGAUCCUGGAGUUGAAUGCCUCCGAUGACCGUGGAAUUGCGGUCAUCCGGAACAAGGUUAAAACCUUUGCACAGCUAACGGCGAGCGGCAUAAGGGCAGAUGGUAAGCCAUGUCCGCCCUUCAAGAUUGUCAUUCUGGAUGAAGCCGAUGCAAUGACUCACGCAGCGCAGGCUGCUUUACGUAGAACAAUGGAGAAGGAAACAAAAACGACUCGGUUCUGUUUGGUUUGUAACUAUGUUUCGCGAAUCAUUGAACCCAUCACUUCCCGUUGUACCAAGUUUCGUUUCAAACCUCUCGGCGAGGAAAAGGUCAUUGAACGGUUACGGUACAUUUGUGAGCAGGAAAAUUUAGAUGUUGAAGAGCAAGCCUAUAGGGAUAUCGUUGACAUUUCUGGCGGCGACUUGCGACGAGCAAUCACUACUUUACAGUCGUGUCACCGACUGAAAGGCAAAGAUUCCAAAAUAGAGCAUACCGACAUAAUGGAGAUGUCCGGCGUCGUCCCCGGAAGUUAUCUAGAAGAUUUCGUAUCGGUUUGUAAAACGGCCAACUAUGGUAAACUAGAAGACUAUGUUCGGAAUCUUACACACGAUGCUUACAGCGUCGGACAGCUGUUUGAACAGCUGACUGAUUUUGUCGUCAUGCACGAUGGGUUGAGCGAUAAGCAGAAAAGUAUCAUUUGCGACAAAUUAGGGGAAUGCUGCUUCCGCUUACAAGGCGGUGGAUCAGAAUAUAUUCAAAUCAUGGAUUUGGGAUGCGUGACUAUUCAAGCUUUGCAAGCUAAUUGAAACGUUGUCUGUUUAAAGGAACAUGCUGAAACGUAAUACAACUGGUUCUGUUUAUUUAA